AUGACCGCUACGAAAACUGGCCAAAGAUCGCGCUCUGGUUGUAAUAACUGUAGGAGGGCAAGAAUCAAGUGUGACGAGACCAAGCCUGAAUGCCAUAACUGCUCGAGGAGGAAGAAGGGAAAAUGCGAUUACUCAUUGCAGCUUGUAUGGGGCGGUCAGUCUAGCAGAGGGGCUAAGAAAGUAAUGAAAGAUUUGCCAAAUGCCUCUUUCCAUAGCGGUGUACUUGUCAUGCAAAGGGAGAAGGGCAAAAAGCGAGGUACACAGCGAGCUGUGUCGUCGAGUGAGCUCGAAUGCAAGUCGGGUAGCACGCUUUUACAAUCUAGAGAAGCACCAGAACUGAACUCUCAACCUUUCGAUCUGACUGCAUUUUUUUCUCCGGGGGAAAACAUAGUUGAAGGUGAUUAUUCGAGCAAUGUCUCUGUACACACUUUUCUUGAGGAUGAUUUGCAUUUGAAUACAGCUCCGCAGCUACUGUGGGGCGAGGAACCGUUCAGUAACAACACACCCUCGACACUUGAGGGAUGUGGUCUUAGCCUUCGAUCACUGGCACAUCCGGCUCCAGACUUCCUCUUUGACUCAUCGCAUCACGCCGAGCUCUUUAGCUUUUAUCUCAGCGAAACCUCUCACUUGUUGGUUCCGACACCUUACCAUGCUUACCGUUCUAAUCCUUUCAAUACUAUUCUUCCCCAACUGGCCAUGGAAAGUCCAACUUUGCUGAAGCUUCUGUUGGCCUUCGCAGCCAACCACAGGAAGGAAAUCUCGAACUAUCAUCAGAAGACCCGGGCCUUGCAAAUUCCUGAUGUCGCUACCAGCAGAAAAGACGAAGAAUUGGCUGGUAAUCUGUUGACCGAGACCUUCGGGCAACUGUUGUCUCAGUUCACCGAUAAGAGGCAGCGACAUAGCAGUAGUACCCUGGCAACUAUACUGAUGCUGGCCGGUUUCGACAUAUUUUUCGGUGGCAGACGAAAUAAGUGGCGAGCACAUGUUAAUGGCGCAAGAGGGCUUUUGCUUGAUAGAUUGAGCGCCGGCGGAAAGAAAGCUAUGCGGAUAGUGUCGAAAACCAGAGUGCUUGAUGCGGACACGUUUCUUAUCCACUGGUUUUCGUAUUUGAACAUUAUCGGGUCUCUGUCGUCCGUUAAAAGCAUUGCGAAAGCUGAUAAUCAUGGUGCCCUCGAUUACGAUUUUGAUUACGACAAUGAUACCACCGUCGUUUCAUUGCUUAGAGCUCAACUCAAGGAUAUUGACUACUUCACUGGAUUGGAGACUAAAAUACUGUCACUGCUAGCUCAAGUUGCCAAAUUAAUCAAUCAGAAAGAAGCCUGCGAUAACGAACACGGGCUGUACUUACUACUCACAGAAGCUAUUGAUCUGGCUCAAAGUAUAGAAUCUUAUUUGAAUGCUUCAGAGGACGAAAGGGACCGGAUCUAUCACGAGCUUCAUCUUAAAGGUUUAACAGCGUUCAAUACCGCUAACUACAAAACUUACAAAACACUCAGAGCUACGAACGCUAUUUUCGCGCUCACGGGAGUCUUGCAAAUAAAUCGAAGGAUUUUGAACGUCCCGCGAGAUACCCCUGUGAACAGAGGGUUAUUGGUGCGAAUUACCAGGCUGAUACGCGAAGAAAUACCGCUUGAUUCUUCAGCAGAGUCGUGCAUUAUAGUCUGCCUCUUUUGUUGUGGUUGCGAGCUCAUAGGGCGCGACUUAGAUUUGCACCGUGAUGUCUACAUGUGCCACAUUGAAACACUUCUGCGUAACGGCAUGACGAGUGCUCAUCAAGCAAAAGUGGUGAUGGAGCACUGCUGGAAGGAUGAGAAGAGCUGGUGGGAGGUCCUCGAGGAGAGAAACCUAGAUUUGUCAUUUGCCAUCUAG